AACAAGAACCAGAAAAAAAAAAACAAGAAACCACAUGACAUGACAAACAUGAUAUUAGAGCACUAAUGCCUUAAUUAAGACAAUUUUUUUGUUAACAUCAAUAUUUUCUGUCGUUAUCCUCAAGGAAAUUUUAGUUUUCUAGCAAGAAAAUAAAUCUGACAAAAAAGAAUCUGAUUAACAAGGUAACUUACCACUAAUAGCUUCUGGUGUAAUAAAAUACUCUGUCAAAAAACUAGAAACAAGAACAAGUAUGGAAACUGUAACAUUCUAAAGAAUCAACGAUAAUGAUACAACAUGUAAACAUAAUAUUGCCUUCAAAUCUCUUCUUCAAAAUACUCUAUUUUCUUUUUGCUUCUCUGCCUUAAAAACCUCUCUGCCUCUUCGAUUUGUUUUGUUUUUGUUUCUUGUCGCCAUGGUUAUCCUCCACGAGAUAAGCAAUGAAGCCAAGACCACAACGGAGACUUCAGGCUCAAGUAACUCUUUCUUGCGUCUCGCCACGAAACCUACUGUGUCUACAACCACAAGAAUUGCCUUGUCCAACACGGCGACAACAAAAUACAAGGGUGUGGUUCAGCAGCAGAACGGUCACUGGGGUGCUCAGAUAUACGCAGAACACCGAAGGAUUUGGCUCGGGACUUUCAAAUCCGCUGCUGAAGCCGCGGCUGCCUACGAUAGCGCAUCUAUCAAGCUCAGAGGCUUUGACGCUAACUCGCACCGGAACUUCCCUUGGUCUGAACUCACGGUCCACGAACCGGACUUUCAAAUCCUCUACACGACAGAAGCUGUGUUGAACAUGAUCAGAGACGGUUCUUACCAUCACAAGUUCAGAGAUCAUGUCAUGUCGAGAUCUCGGAUGGCCAACUUCAACAUCGUGGAAUCAAAACAAGAAUCAAACAAGUGUUUCUCUUGCACGCAACUUUUUCACAAGGAACUGACACCUAGCGAUGUUGGGAAACUGAAUAGGCUUGUGAUACCAAAAAAGUAUGCAGUGAAGCAUUUACCUUUCAUAAGCGACGAUCAAGAAGAGGGUGAAGCUGUGGACGAUGUUGAGGUUGUGUUUUACGACAGUAUAACGAUGAGACAGUGGAAGUUUAGGUAUUGUUACUGGAGAAGUAGCCAGAGCUUUGUUUUCACCAGAGGAUGGAAUGGUUUCGUGAAGGAGAAGAAUCUCAAGGAGAAAGAUGUUAUUGUCUUUUACUCUUGCGAUGUACCGAGUAAUGUCAGGAGAUUAGAAGGGCAAAGAGACAAGUUCUUGAUGAUUGAUGUUGAUCACAAGGGUUUCGUGGCUCACAAGGAAGAAAACAAAAUGGUUCAUAAUAGGUCUGAGGGAGAAAUGAAAACAGAAAACUUCUUUAACUCGAAGUUAGAAGAUGAAGAAACCAAGCAAGAGGAGAAGAAAGGAGGGUUUAUGCUGUUUGGUGUUAGGAUCCAAUAGCUACUUUGGUAUCAGGGAUUUUUUUUAGUAACUUAAUUAUAGUUUGGUCAUGAAUUUUAUUACGUAGCCUUUUGAUUUACUACAAACUUGGUGUUUUGGUUUUGAUAUUAAACAUUAAGUACUACAAUCAGAUUUUUUUUUUUUUUGUUUCUUAUCUAACUAAAUAACAAUCAACAAGUUCCAGACUCGCAUCACAAUUCACAAAGGUAACCAUAGCAAACCAAUCAACAGAAGAAAGAGUACAAUGUUAGAGACAUAUAUAUACAACAGUUCACACCAAGCAAAUGACUCUUACAAGACACUUAUCAGACAUUGAGAUAUGCUUUUGAAAAAGCUUAGCUAAGUAGUGGAAAGUUAAAGAUGUGAAGUCUAGAAGAAAUGUUGGACCUCAUAUUAAUUAUCUCAAACAAAAAUGGGAUCUGUACCAACGCAGUGGCCCAGUGGUUCUGUGGAAGCUCGGUACCCUGGGUUUGAUCCCCGCUGGAUAAAGAUUACGGAACCGACUCUUGUCAUUGGCCUCCGGGAUUAGUCAGUUGACCGGGUCAUAAAAAAAAAGGAUCUUCAAACAGUGGCGGAGGGAGCUAGGGAGCAAGGGGGCAGCUGCUGCCCCCUUAGAAAAACUCAAAUAAUUGUUUUUUCAUUGCUUAUUCUAGAAUUAUAUGAUUUUAAUUGUGAAUUUUCUUCUACUGCCUCCUAUAAAUUGAAGAUAAAUUUUACGCUGGCCCCGGUAAAACUUUCGUCUAGCUCCGCCACUGUCUUCAAAACGUUUUGUGCCUCCUCUGGCUAGACGCCUUCACCGGGCCUUGUUCCUUUCCUGUAGACUGCCGUUUUUCCCUUCAAUUCAGUGUCCAUAAGUCCCAAUCUGAUCAUGCUAAGUGUUUAAAACAAACCUGUAUUUAAAACAUAACAUGCUCAGCUUUUAGCAAAGUAAAUGUUGAGAACUCACAUUGUGGAACAGCCACAUUAUACCAAAAGUGUAGACCAGACAGCAAGCCCAGGACACUGCGGCAUUUCAUCAGCACCAAUCUCUAUUCCCUAAAGAAGACGAAACCCAUUGACCAAAGCAUUAACAAACUCAGCUGGAUAAACCCCCAAUUAGCAAACAGAAGAAGACAACGAUCUGUUUAAAUUUAAGCCCAAGAUUAUUUUCGCACAGUCCAGCCCACGAAGAGUUUUAGAUAUGUAAGCGCUAUAGAUCUUUGGU